AUGGCUUCAGCUAAGUCUCACAAAGGCAUGAGUAAUGCUGAAUGGCUUGCGCGUCUGGAGAGUUUUGCCCAAACAGGAGUUUGGCCAUCUACACAGGGGAAUAGACAUUCUCCCCGACAAAAAAGAUGGCAUGAGAUGUAUCAGAAGAUAGAAAAGUGCCCUCUGCAAAUGAGGGGACAGACCACUCUUCUGAAGGAAGCUCAGACAUGUAUUUGUGGCUUUCACAAGGUUCAUCCACAAGUCACAGGGGAAGCAUCACAGAGCACCCCGGCCCAAAGCACACCCUCUGUCAGUGAUGUGUCAUGUCCUGCAAAGAGACCUAAACUGACAUUGUCAAUGUUUGAAAAGUCAAGGUUUGGAGGCUCACAUGUGGCAGCAGCAAAACCUAAUUUGAGCACCCAGAGGAAAACCUCUCAGAUGUUAGAGCACUCCAGUUCAGCUACAGUUUCAUGUCCACCCUCUGAUCCUCAUCCUCCUCCAUCCCCCAAACCUCAUCAGCCCGUCAUCCAGUCCUCCUCUUCCUUCUUCCUUCCUCCACCUCAGAGUUCACAACGCAUCAAAAAAACAGCAACGCCAUCAACUGUUUCUGAGAAUACUGUUGUGAGGAGCCCACAGGUCUCAUCUCAGCCAGAAGAUCUCCCCCUUCUGUGGCCACAGACAAUGCCACAGCAAGACCAGAAGUGGGUGUCAGAAGCACUUUUUAGGGUUGGUGCAAAGGGAAAGCUGGAGCUGCGUGAAAACCUACAGUUGUGGUAUCACCCCCCACCACCAGCCCUGUUGUACCACCAAGCUCCAACACCUGAUAGGUUUUUUUCACAGCGUCUCUUGCUCUGGAUGCCAUAUAAGCUGUGGAAGGUGCGGCUCCAGUGUACUAACCCUGCCUGUGCCAGGCAACAGCUGUGUGGUGGUGGACUGCACAGGAGGGUACGACAGGUGUUAGACAUUGACAGAUACUACAACCUGGUGACAGAGACCCUGAUCUGCACCAGGUGUAGAACCAGCUACCUGUCCUGGAGUCAAGCUGUGCUGCAGCAGUUGGACCUGGCCCAUCGAUCUGAAUUCAGGGUCAUCCUCACACGCAAGUAA